GCCAGUGCAUCUAAUAGAAUGAAUGGGGCGGGUCUGAGCUUUGUUCUAGCUGCUAGACUUGAUCGGUGUAAGAAACGUCAUUGAUCCGAUUAUCAAGCUUUUGUGCUGCAAAAUAAGGUCCAAGUUAAGGAAUAUGUGAUAACGUAUUACUGUGGCUUUGUAUGCUCCUUUCAAAAUGAGAUGCUGGCUGGGUCGAAAAGAUGACAAACUUUGGGCCAAAUAAAGGUAGAAAAAACUAUUUACGCAUAGAUAAUGUAAACCUUAGGCGGGUUUGUAUUAACAUCCAUUAAGUGUCUACGAAUGUACCUACAAAUCAACCCUCAGGUAAAUCUGUGGGAAUCACUUUCUUCAAGAUAGGUGAUAUUUGUGGCUGAAAAAAAUAUCAAGCAAUUUUUUAGGGAAUUUCCAAAAAAUUUCGGCUAUAAUGACGUUUUAUGAUGUUAUACCGUAUAUUACAUCUAUAAUUACUUAUACAGCUUUCAUGGUAUAAAAAUCGGUUACUUAAUUUUGGUCGCAUAGCGAAACACAUCGUAUAUAAAGUUCCAGAGAAAGGCCUAUCGUCUGACACCUUACCGAACCAAACUUUCUUAUUGAAAUAUAGAUGCUACUUAAUUGAAGAUACUGUUGCCGUGUGCCGUUCCGUUCAAUGAGAAUAGGCUCUAGGAAAAGAGAAUAAGUAGUUUACGUGUUACCUUUUCAUUGCCUCCCCUUGGUCGCACUUCAGUUGUUCUGCGUCGAAGCUACGCUAGCUCGAAACAACGAACUCUCUCGCUGGUCAGUGUCCACUCGCGUGAACCCAAUGUACUCAGCUGCUCAAGUGGAGAGCGUUGGCGAGCGCUAUUAGUCUGACUAGUGGUGCCUAGGCCUUGAGCCAAUCCUACUUUUGAAGCUCGCCGAGAAAACCCGUUCGAAUGUGACAGACUAUCAUGACUGUCCUAGUCGUUUUCUAACAAUCGUAAACGGAUAUGAGGAAGUGUUUGAAAUUUGUAGUGGGCGUUUAGCCUGCUUCUGUUGCGAUGAUAGGGUAGUGCGGAAGAAAUACUACUGCGGUGCCGAAAUGACCCUAUAGGUAUUUAGCAAAAUAUCGAUCCGUUUUUUGCUUUACGGAGACGCCAAGAAGAAAAAAAAAACUGCAACGUAACAGAUACGCAGAAUUCCGUGUAACAUUUUGUAGCCUGCUUUUUUUUUCUUUAUCAUGAAAUACGAUAAGGCGCAGUAAACAACUUUUACGGGAUUAGGACUUAACAAUUGAUAGGGACAAAGCAACAGAUAACAACAGUUCAGUAGUGAUUUUGACGAAUACAGGAUCUAUCGAAUUUGUGGUCUUUAGCCACAUGAACUAUUUAAUGUUGGCGGAAGCCUUCUUUGGUCAGAUGCCGUUAGAAGUUCGAACAUUUGAACUCGUUAAGACUAUGCCUUACAUACUGUUUACUGAGAACCAUAUAAUGUUUACGUUAAAGUUCUGAUCACAAUAAAGGUCAGUUAAGCAAAGUAAUGUCGCUUCAAUUGCUCGUAGUCGAGGAUAAAGCUCACUUGAAUUGCGGUAUUUCUACUGGAUGGAUGAAAUUUUUUGUUCUAGGCAGAAGCCAUUUGGUGUUUAGUCAUAGGAAAGUUCACCUGCAAUUACAUUUCUUUCAACAAGCAGAAUGGUAUUGUCACUUUUGGUCAUUGUAAGUGAUCAGGCUAAUAUAACUGUCCUGCUAACAGUCUGGUGUUUGUUGUGCUUCGGCCCUCAACUGGUGAACAGCAACGAGUACCAAACGACUCCGAGACCCUCUCUGGAUCAGUUACGACAGAAGGCUGCCGUUCAAUGUUCCUAUCGAUAUAGUAACAGCAUUUACAACGUUUCCGAGAGACAAUGUCGAAACUGCGUUUUACGUUGGAGCGGCAAGGUCGACCAGCUCACAGAGGAAGCAGAUAAACUCGUUUACCGAAUGACAUUCGACUGUCGGCCAAUGAUUGAUUUAAAGGAACAACUUCGAAGGCUGUGUCGAUCAUCAUCUCUGCCGGAGAGAAGGUCGCUACAGGCCUAUAUUGAUUGUGACGACUGUCUUGCGCGGAACGGUGUCAAGGACGUUGGUACAACGUUUGACGAGGUACCACAGGUAAUACAGGCGAGGCGGAACUGCAUUCGUGUUGGCCAUAAGGUGACAGUAUUGACGUCGUCAUUUGGUGGCAGAGUCUAUAAAGACUUCAAGUAUAACUACGAUUAUGAGCUUCUUAGAGAAGCAUAUCGCGAAGCCUGCGAGGAACAUUUCAGCCAACAAGCAGCGUCAAUGUGCAAUGCGUGCUUCGAUAACCUUUUCCUUUGGGCUGACUACUCCGUUGACCAGGCCUCUAAAAAGCUGCGCUCUUGUCUGCCCAGUUUGUCGUACAAAGAGGUUAUGGCGCGACGAUGUCGGCUAUUGAAUCAUCCUAUCUACAAGAAUGUCUUCGUCCCAGUGAAUUUCGAACAAUGUCGGAAAUGUUUCGAGAACUCCAGCAUUCAGGAAAGUUCUUCAAGGGAACAGCAACUGACUGUUUCAUACGAUUGCUUGCCGCCGGCUAACCCCUUGGAGGAGCUGCAACUGGAAUUGUGCUCGAAGAUCGACAAAGUUCUUCCAUUUUGGAAGGAAGCACCUGAAAAGCAGCCGCGCAACCUUUGCUUCGAGUGGGCCAGCAAACAAAAUUUGUCCGCUGGCAUUGGGUACAUUCAGUAUAAGGCCGCAUACCAGGAAAUAGCUGAAAAGAUUAUGAGUUACCUUAUUGCAACGUGCUCAGAAGAACCUCAGGAGGUGGAAAAAUGUAAAAGCUGUAUUCAGUUGACGCUUUCGGGAAUACCGUCUUCGUUUUUACGAGUGACCCGUAAAAACUUCGAAGCUGCCUUCCGUUGUCUGCUCGUCAACAAAAACUGGGAUUCGCUUGAGCUUGACAACGCUUUUACUACGGUACGUUCGUCGGACGACUCGGCUACAGGCGAUUCUGUUGUUCCGAAUCUGAACAAUGGUAGACAAGCGAACUAUACUAGAGGUCCAAUAAUUCGCAUAGUCAGCGAUGCCUGAUGAAACCAUCUAUUAGGAAAUGAACUGGAGGAUACCGGCUAUGAUGCAGAAAGCACAAGUAUGCCGCGGGCUCAUUGGAAAGAGUUUGUGUCGUGAUAUCCGUAUAUAAAAUAUACCUUAUAUUUACUCCAUAAGCGUAACUGAUGACGAGUCGUUCUUGGUUGGAGUUGUCUUUCUAAAUUACGAAAAAUAGACAUAUACAAUAAAUAGCCUUUUUUUUGAGACGUACUCAUAUGUUACUUAUGCUAGAGCGUUCAGAUCAACUCGUUGAUCCUUUAUUGCACCAGCUGCGCAAGGCAAAACCUACAUUCACAUUUAAAAAUUAUAAUAGUAAUUACUCUUUCUGGCAAACCAAAUAUGGAAUUCCGUAAUAGAAACAUACCGCAUUAUGUUUAAGGGCUCGCGUAGGCCAACAAUUUAAAAUCCGAUUUAUUCAACUGCACAUUUUUGUCCUUUUAAGGCAACCCUGAAUUAAUAGUUCAUAUUUUGUAGAGUAAAAUAUCAUAUGUUUUCUGCGA